UAUUAUUAAAUGAGACCCAUCCCAUGGUUUGUUAGAUUAGGCAUUGAUGUCACAAUUUUCACAGUCCCCAUAUUGAUGUUGGCAAGUACGAUGAUUUCUUAGAUUGUCUAGGUUAUCCAAGAUUGGGCACACAUUUCCUCAACAAUAGAAGAAGAAAAUACAGAAGAAGAAGUAAAUAAACCUUUUGAAUUUACAUAUAGAUUUUGAUGAAAUCUAAUACAGAAACGAUAGCACAUUGUCAAGUGAAGAAGUGAUAAACUUUAGAAAGACACUCGGAUUUCAGGACCUUAUUUGAUUUUGAUCAAACAUAUUAAUAAAUAAAUAAC